GCAGUCGCCUCUCCCUGUCGGAUCCUGCAGUAUCCAUGGCUACGUCGUCCGCGAGGAUUUCCCGCGAAAUACCGGAAGCGUGAUCGCACAGCGAGGCGACGACCGUCGCCCAGCUACAGGGGCGGAUAGAAAGAGAAAGAGAAAAAAAAAAGAGGGAGAGACAGCGACGAGCAGCGGACGGCGAAGCGGUGGCAAUAGCAGCGACAACAGCGACGUCAAUAAGCGACAAGGGUGCCGUCGAAAGCGGCACCCGGAUAGUUUCUCGGCGAUAUUUCGUCGGCGUCUUAUUUCGCGAUCAUGUUAGAGACAAGGUGAUGACUUUCGCGACGCCUGCAAUGAUGUGACAAUAAAGUUACCUCCUCCUACUCUCUGCUAACUGGGGAUCCUCCCUAUUACACACAGUGCUUCCCAAUAACACACACGAUCCGAGGAUUACGCGCAAAAAAGCAACGCCAAACCGUCGGCCGUGGUCGACGUCGUUGGAAAUCGGUGCCAAAAGUCGACACAGACAAGCCAUAAGAGCCAACCCCGCGAAAGUGUGUCAAAGAGGAAUUGAACGCAGGGUGGAACGGAGAGAGAUAAAGAGAGAAAAAAACAGAGAAAAAGCGAGACAAAAAGAAAAAGAUAUAUAAACGUAGUACGGAGGAUCAGACACGGAUACCCUGAGAAACGGGGUGAAAAGAAGGAUACGUGAGGUCAGAAUCGUGUUAAGGCGUGUCGUGCCAGAAACACAAACGAGCAUCACGAGUACAGAGGGUGGUGUGGUGACGCAGAGUGGUGGCGGGGCGAGGCAGGUGGCAAGAUUAAAGCCAGAAUAAGAGCAGUUAGAAUGGGCAACAAGCUUUCCUGCAGUUGCGCACCCCUGAUUAGAUCAAAGACGUAUCGUUACGAAGACAGCCCAUGGCAGGCCGGUGCCAGGGGCGGAAUGGGCGGCGGCGGAGGACGCAGGGGUGACACUGGCCACUUGCUCAGGCUGUGGGCCGAAGUGUUCCAUGUAAAUUCGAGCGGAGCUGGUACCGUCAAGUGGCAGCAGGUAUCCGAAGAUCUGGUCCCAGUAAAUAUUACUUGCAUCCAGGAUUCGCCGGAGUGCGUCUUCCAUAUCACCGCAUAUAACAGCCAGGUCGAUAAGAUUCUAGAUGUGCGGUUGGUCCAGCCAGGUACGCGCAUCGGCCAAGCGUCAGAGUGCUUCGUUUACUGGAAGGACACAGUGACAAAUGAUACAUGGGGGCUGAACUUUACGUCUCCCAUAGACGCAAAGCAAUUCAGAGAAUGCUGCUCACCGUCGUUCAAGAUUUCAAGGAAAGCGUCCUCUUCUUACUCGUUGAAGCUCGAGCCACCGAACAAGCAGAAGAUCAAAACACGCCGAAAGCCACUGUCGACACCGGCCUCACCGAGCCGAUCCAGAGAACCUCAAUGCACCUGUAUGACACCGGAGCAGUUUGCCAGGCUACGUAGCCAAGAUCCCAGAUAUCGAAGUCCGUGCGGACCGUCUACGCUUCCACGGACCAUGGCGCGAUCCACGGAAAUGGAAAUGACGCCGGGACGAGACAAGAUAACAGCGGCCACAUCCAGCGCGUCUCUCUACGACAACGUCAACAAUCCUAGCGCGACACCCGGGAAAACACCAAAGACUGGCGAAUCGGCCAAACAAAAGGAUAAACAGAAUGAGACGUGUCAGACAACCCCGAAGACUGCCAACAUUGGAAUCGGAACUGUUACGGUGGGAUCACAGAUUGACAGUCCUGAUGAGAAAGGUUCCACGAUAUCGCCAAAGAAGUUACAGAAGCAGAGCCAGGACACGUCCACGCAGCAGAAUGGUAUUGAAAUGCUGAAAUCAGAGGGCACCCAGGCCGGUGGUACCCUGCAGAGCAAGUUGCUACGUAAAGAGCAGCUGCAUCAUACCAAGUCGGCCGACUAUACCGAAUUGGAGAUGCAGAACGGUAAUCUCUUCAACAUCGUCAAUAACAAUCACGGUCAUAGGUCGAAGAGCAAGAGCACCGAUGACAUGCGGAUCGAGAAUGCGCAGAAUGGCGGCAUAAGCCUGGAUUCGAAUACCUUGAAGCGCAUGUUGAAGCCGAUGCCGAGCAUUGACAGCCCGGUGACAUCGCCGGAAAUGACGAGGAAACGUCACAGUCAUCAUAGCUAUCACUACCAUCCGAGCAAUAAUAAUCAGAAGUACAUGAUGCAAGAGGUUGACAACGAGAAUUAUGCGCAUCCCUAUCGCGCGCCCUAUAACAAUAAAUUUCAGGGAUCCAGAAGCGUUCACGAUAUGAGCCGGCAAUAUACUGGCGGCAGAGGAAGGACGUACUUAGAUUCGGAACGUAAUCGGUGCACAGGUGACAUGUCGCCGCCCUCGGACAAUGUCAUCUUCGACAACCAAUGCUACGCGACCACGCCGAGCUCGUCGAACGGCAACUCCGACAUGGAGCAACCGAAUCAUUGCAAUUCCCGUCGUUGCAACGGCGGCCAGACAUAUCAGCAGCAGAAUAUGCAGUCCGUGUCGACUCCGGGCAGCCCAACCAGCCGGCUGCUUCUCGAGUACGAGAUGCAUCUCAGGAACACUCUGGCCAAGGGUAUGGAUGCGGAGAGUUACAGCCUGCGUACGUUUGAGGCUCUGCUCACGCAGAGUAUGGAAAACUUGGAAUUUGCGGAAAACAUACCGUUGAAUGUUCAGCGUACACCUCACGUUUCACGAAGACGUUCCAAUUCUAAUAAGUCGUCGACUCUGCCGCUAUCAUAUCGCUAUUGCAAUGAAAGACAAAACAGCAAGGAUCGAGACGGCUAUUAUAGCGACCGUAAUGAGAUGGUGAGAGAGAAGAGAGAGCGAGACUCUGAUCGAGAUCGCGGCUAUCUUAGCGACUACAAUUCUAGAUGCGCCAGCUGCAUCGGGGAAUCCGCGCGUGCACAAUGGUUUCGGCAUUCUGACGGAUGGCAAUCCGGUAGCUCAACUCUCGGCUCUGGCGCUUCGAGUUCGAUAAAUCCAGGGUAUUCGGGAUAUAAGAGAGAGUCGCCCUGGGAUUCUCUCCCUUCCUUAAGACACGAGGGCAGCCUUAACGACAGUGGUUAUAAAUCCAACCGGACUGAUUCUCUUGAACAAAGAGGUACUUUCGACAGACAGGAUAGCGUCAGAUCCGAUUACAUGUCCGACCGGGAUGGCAGAUACGGAAUCGUUCAACAAGCUUCAUUGGAGAGCACCGACUCGAGGCUUUGCUACUUGACGUCUUCCGAGUCACCGCCGGCGGAAGAACGACGAAUAAUGGUAGAGCCGAAAUGGUCGAUCAAGUGUGCGAAUAGUACCCUGGACCUGCUGGAUCCGAGCGACGAUAGUUACACGGACCUGAAGACGCAGCAUCGGCGACGCUGCUGGAAGUACUUUUGCUGGUGUCGCAGGCAUACUAUAAGCGUAAUAUGCAUUAACGAGACGCGCAAAUUGUACUGGUUCAACUGCCGGAACGUCCAGGAAAAAGUUACGUACGGCUCGGGCGAGGGUUAUUACCACAGGCUACUGCGUCUGGUAAACGGCGCGUUAAACACCUGGGCGCAACGUUACAUUGACGGCCUAAGCGUGGCGCGUCGUGAAAUUAUGUUGAAGAUCAACGGUAGCGCGGACAACAACAUGAGGCUGCUCAAGGAGGGCUGCUACUGCCACUACCAUCCGCACAUGACGGCGGACGCGUGCAACGCCGAUUUUCUCAGAAGAGUCGUAAGUUUCUGGGCCGGCGAGAGCCUCAGGGGAAUACGCGAGAGGCUCCGCGGCAUGACCAAUAUUACGAAAAAGAUGUCAGACGACGAUAGGAUGUCACUCACCACCGCCGUCAGCGAUGAUGACGACGGCGAGAGUGUCAUAAAUUCGCCCUAUCGUGGGAAGCAGACUGGCACAGCUGCAGCUUCGUUCAAUUGCACCGGUGCAGUUCGGAAAGCAGGAUUUCUCAGUGUGAAGAAAUGGCUGCUGCGCAAAAAACAUCAGAUCGAGCUAGCUAGGAAGAGAGGCUGGAAGGGUUACUGGGUUUGUCUGAAGGGCACCACACUCCUCUUCUACCCCUGCGAUUCCCAAGAGAGCAGAGCCAUGGAAGCGGCACCUAAACAUCUAAUCAUUGUUGACGGUGCGAUUAUGCAGCCGAUUCCCGAACAUCCGAAGAGGGAUUAUAUAUUUUGCCUUAGCACCGCUUUCGGGGAUGCCUAUCUAUUCCAGGCGCCAUGUCAAGUGGAGCUGGAAAAUUGGGUGAAUAGCAUUCAUUCGGCGUGUGCCGCCGCAUUCGCGCGUCAUCGCGGCAAGACCGGCACGCUGCAUCUUCUUCAGGAGGAGAUCUUUCGUCUGGAAAAGGCGAUCGAGUCGGACCACAAGAUGAAACACAUGGCGGAUCUCCAGCAAUCAGUGGUUUCCGACGUCGACACUAAGCAGCAAAUCAACAAUCAAAUAGUACAAUGGGAAGAGAAUCUGGAACGGCUCCAUUGCGAGCAAUUCCGUUUGCGGUGCUACAUGGCUAGUUUGCAGAGUGGCGAACUGCCUAAUCCGAAAAGUCUACUGACGCACGUAUCUCGCGCUACGAAGCAAACGUUGAAUAAGCUGGGCGUCUUCACGGUAUCGUCCUUCCAUGCGUUUAUCUGCGCGCGUAGUCCAUCCUUGCUGAAUAAUCUAUUGGCGGGUCGCGGAGCGACAAAGAGAAGACCGCCGCUGCUGUCGAGGUCGAAUAGCGGCUCCAGCAGACGCUCGUUACAGAUCUCGUCCAGGGACGAGGAGAAGAGCGUCAAGGUGUCCGUGCCGGAAAAUCAGGUACGAUCAUCAGGACAUCGGCUCGUGUCGGUGUUCCUGCGCGACGCCAUGACCGUGGAGGAGUUUCUGGCAAGCGCGUGCACCAGGAAAAACCUCAAUCCGAUGGAGCACUUUGUGCGCGUUAAGAAGCGCCGAGAUAUGGAGGACCACAAUUAUUUUGUGCCACACAGAACUGAUUUAAUAGAAACCUAUUUGCAUACGCACGAAAUCGUGGAAGUCUGUGCCAAGAUUUUAUAUCAAGUGGAAUUGCAAAGAAAUACUUUAGAGCAAAUGUGGGGCUUCUCCGUCGAGGCCGAGCUUAUAGAAAACUCCGACAGACAGGACGAGCUCUGUUGCUACGUUAGUAGAGUGGAAGACAAGAGCGUCGCUAUGCAAAAUGGAAUCAUUAAAGGUGAUGAGAUUAUGGUAAUCAAUGGCGCCAUUGUGAGCGACCUGGAUAUGAUGUACUUGGAGAGCGUUCUACAAGAGGAGGUGGGUCUCUGUAUGAUGAUGCGAUCCUCCAGGACAGAGCCACCGGAUCUCACAGGUAUUAUGCGAGUUACCGACGAUAUAAUCGAGAGUCUGGUUUGCCCGCCGCCACCCACCGAUCCACCAGUCAUCAGCGAGGAAAUGAUUUCCGGUCUUAUUGUGCCGGCACCGGGAUGGAGUAAGGAGAAUAUUAUGCAAGAAUGCUCGGCUGCUCACAUGGAGAACAGCAAACAAACCUCGCGCACCAAUUCCUUCGAGAUCGAAAAUCUUUUGAAGACUGCCGAACAGGUGACAGGGAUCUGUCGUUCGCCGGGAGAGACCAGGAAAUCGAGUCCUACCGGAAGCGUCGUCAGUUCCCAUUCGCAAGCCCUCAACACACCGAGUCGGCAAUUAAGCGACGCUGAGAAGUUGAAGAAAGUGAUUCUAGAACUGAUUGAGACUGAACGGACUUACGUAAAGCCGAUCGAUUUAAGUCCAGGCGAUCUUUUAUACUACGGCGGUGUCGAGUGGCUCAAUAUUUCCGACUUCCUCGGCAAGAUAAAGAAGGGUCUCGAAUUGCACGCGAUGUGCUUCGUAUUUAAAUCGGCCGUCGUGUUCCUGUGUAAAGAAAGAUUGAGACAGAAGAAGAAACUCAUGGGAGUUUCGACCAAGGCUAACUCCAGCGAGGUAGAAAUCAUUCGUUAUCAGGUUCUGAUCCCGGUGACGGAAGUCCAGGUCAGAGCCAGCUCUGCCAAAGACAUGGAGUCCCACUUCUUAUGGGAACUGAUUCAUCUAAGAAGUCAAUUACAGAGGAGAUCGGAGAAAGUAUACGUGCUCUCCAACAGUACGACAGAAUUUCGAAACGCGUUCUUGAAGACAAUCCGGCAGAUCAUCCGAGAGUCGGUGAGAAACAUGAGCAUACCCUCGACAAAGCAGAAUAUGAGCCAUGCUCCGAUGUCGAUGGCGCCGCGUAUGUCGACCGGUCACGUGGAAAAAUUCGACAAGCAGCAGGUCGGUCAGGCUCAAAACGGAAACGGCAGCGUGAUCAUGGCUACAGGCACGCUCUCGAAGAAGGCGAUGAAGCAGCAACUACUAGCCAAUUCGCACAAGCGCAAGUACAGUCAUUCCAAACAGCCGGUGGAACACGAGAGCUCAGAAGAUAAGGACCAGGAGGAUGCGCCAGUCGUCCAGCAGCAAACCACGUUCCGCUCCAGGAGCAAAACCAUAAGUGACACUUCCAGCGAAAUAAAAGUCGAAAUGGAUUCGGGCACGAAGUCGGAAGGCGAAGAAGACUCGCAGGCUUUUUUAGGCGAGAAGAAAACAAAUCUCGGCCGUACACCUAAUCAUCUGACGCUGAGCACCACAUCGACCAUCUCGGCGGGAAGCACUGGCAGCCAAGCUAGAUUGAUCCAGUCCUCCCAUCAGCCCGAGAAUUAUCAGCCCAUUACCGUCAAGGAACUUGGUUCGCCGAUCUGGAAACCACGGGAGUUACCCUCCCUGGGGGAGGCUACCACAUUGCCGCGCAAGGGUAAGUCGGCCGGCGAGUUCGCGGACAUGAGCUCGAGCCACAGCGCCUCCCGAAAAUCUCUGAUAGAAAUCAACAAUUGUGCUCAACAACCUAACUUUAAUAAUCAUGUUUAAGUUGAAUAAUAUCGAGGCUGACUCGCUAACGAGGUAAUAUCGUUAUAAGUUCCACCACAUCAUCAUUAAACACAACCAACAUCCAACCACCACCACAACCAUUACCAAGCGUAAUACACAGAGAUAAUUGUCCAAUUAUUGCGAUUGUCACGAUAUCGAUACGCAAGAGAUACGCGUCUGCCGUUCACGUGGAAUUUAUGGAAAAGACUGCACUUUCUCCCUCCGCUCUCUUCCUUGUUUUGUCUUCCAGCAGAAAUCCGUAUGUGCUUGCUUGCGUGUGUAUGAAUGUAUGUUUGUAUGAGAGAUAGCGAAA